CACAUUAGGUGGUAGGUUCCACGGUGAAUUACGACAUGAAUCCUGCGUCGGGCGCUCCAAAGCAAGGAUCCAGAUGGGGAAAUUUAUUCCAGCAAGCCGUUGCAGGCGUAGAAUCCCGACUGGACACCAUUCUUGCACCCGAUGACGAGCGAGGGGAGCAUUCUGCGUGUCAGCCUGGGGCGCUGGACAACGCCGAGCAGAGUCCCAGGGAUGACGGACCGCCGUUUUUCACUACUUAUGAAAACAAAGCAACUAGAGGAAAUUUUAAUGUAUCACUGGGAGAUCAACGGAACGAUCGUCUCCAAGCCCGACUAGCUCGCGCAGUGGCAGCAAAAAACAGCCGUGCCUUUGGACCAGAAAGCUCACCGUCACUUUCAAGUGUAACAUCCCGUGCCGCAAGUCCCAGUAUACCGCGCGAAAACCUCAUAAAUGACACCGAAGAAACACAUCGUAAUGAACCUCAACCGUGGCUGAGCGAGACGGUUACGUUUGGGAACAAAGACAGCCAACCAUCCCCAGAUGACGUGGAAAAUUCAUUACACCAUGUAGGCGAUUCAUCAAUCCAGGUACCAAUUCCCAAGACAAGUAUACAGCUUCCUGCAAGUUCGGCCUUGUCGCGCCAAGUUCCAGGGAUGGGCGCCUCCAACAUCCCCCAAAAGCCCGAAAAUAUGGAACAGGAAUCGGACUUGCCAGGAGCUUCGCCGUCUGUACACGCAGUGAUGUCAUCAUUUUCCAGUACCAGCAAUCAGACUGAGCAUUUAUACAACUUGCCUGAGGAUUACGACGCCAUUAUUGCGCGGAUGCGCGGAGAUUACGAAUCGUUGAAGCUAGAACAACAAGAAGAAUCGGUCCGUUACCAAGAGCGUAUCGAUGCACUCCAGUCGAAGCUGCAGUAUCUAGCCAAAGAGAGCGCGCAGUCUGCGAGACUGACCGCAGAUUCUGCCCCACCCGGUUCUCUGAAUCGAAAGCUGGCAGAAAGCGAAGAGCGAAUCGCAUUGCUCCUUGAGGAAGGACAGAAGCUCUCCAUAGCAGAAUUUCGCUAUCUAUCAACGAUCAAGAAGCUUCGCGCGAAAAUUGCGGAGCGCGAAAAACAUAUUUCUGAAGAACACUUGAAGCUAGAUCAGGCGGAGCGGAGGGCACGGGAUGCAGCUGAAGCAGCCAGACGGGCAGAAAACGCCGAGAGAAGAGCACUCGAAAGACUCAAACGAAACCCCACCACAGAAAAAGCCAUUGAUGAACUCAAAAUCGAGCGAGAUGGUGCCCUAUCUACUCUUGCAGACGUCAAAGCUCAACUUACGGAUGCCAUGGCUCAGUUGAAACACACAGAAUCUAGAGAGGAGAAUUCAGAGCAACUGAAAGCGGAAAGAGAAUUAAUCUCCCAGCUCAGGGAGGAUGUAGAGAGACUGAGGGCAGAGAAAGAAAAGAAUGACCGGAAAUUGACGACUGAAAUUGAUGAGCUGAAGGCAAGACUACAAGAACAAAAGACCAUGGCCAGUAGCAAAGAAUUCGAGCUGCGCCAUGAGCAAACGUCGUGCCAGAGCAGAAGAAGUCUCCUCCAAUGCCAAUGGCGAAGGUCAAGCGAGUCUUUACCGCCAAAUCGAAACACUCCAGACUCAAUACGCCGUUGCUGGUGAAAAUUGGCACCGAAUCGAGGGGUCAUUGCUUUCCAGAAUAAGAGGUCUGGAAGAGGAAAAGGACGAUUUUUCGAAACGAGAAAUGGAGCUGAGACGGAAAGCCCGAGACGCGGUAGAGCUAAUUCCAUACAUCCACUGAGUGGGAGGUGUACUGACAUUAUUUAGACCCUGAAGGCAAAACAGAAUGACGAAAGACUGGAGCAGGCCAUUGAACGAUCACAAAAGUUUGAGCAGGACAUCAUUGAGCUGAAGGAACAAAUAGAAAAGACUCAAAAGCGCGCGGCAGACUUCGAGACCCUGGCU